AUGCUUUCCUCUCCUACACAAGUUUACGGGAGACUAAGAGAUCAUCACAGUACAUACAUCGCUGGACAAGAGCUCAAGCUCCCUUCAAAAUUUGCAAAGAUCGUCUCGAAGUCGAACGAUGAAGAUGUGAUCAAAUCAUGGAGGAGGCUGGUUCUGAUCUAUCAUCCGGACAAGAAACCGUUGGGGGGACGCCACUUUGGUAAUUCAACAGUCAACACCAAUGACGAUAACGAUGAUUAUGAUUAUGAUACCGAUAUAAGAUUGAUCAACGAAGCGAAAUCAAUCUUACUCGAUCCAAUAAAGAAACAACAAUGGCUCGAUUCAUUCUCAUCAACAUCAACAAUCACUUCAGCAAAAGAACCCACGAAGACUGGUCCACAUAUAUUUAGGAAUAUCUCAUUAGAUGAAUUCACACCGCAUCAUACCAGUCAGGAUGACCGAGAAAAGGGUGAGAACGAGGAUGAGGAUGAGGAUGAUCAACAACCUGAAUAUUUCACAUAUCCCUGUAGAUGUUCGAGCGAAUUUAAAAUCACGUUAGAACAGCUGGAAGAGAAUGUUGAGGUGGUUGGAUGUGAAGGCUGUGGGGAAUGGAUAAGAGUGGGGUACGAGGUGGUUGAGGAGGACGACCAGCAUCAUCCUCAGGAUCAGGAUCAGAAUCAGGCUUAG